AAAUCUGAGGAAUAACAAUAACAACAACAACAAAGCUGCUGUGCACUUUGCCAAGGCCAAACCUCAAAACCCUCCUGCCUCCUCAAGGCACACCUUCCUCCAUCGCUGUGUUUCGUUCCAUCUCACUCUUCUUUGUUUCAAUCUCUCUCUUCCCGAAGAACUCCUCUUUUAUGGAAGAUGACGAUGAGUUCGGAGAUUUAUACACUGACGUGCUCCGACCCUUUGCUCCGACAUCUUCCACCGCUCCUCAGUCUUUCUCUGCGCCCCCAUCUGCCACCCGUUCGAUCGAUCUCAAUUUCCAGACCCAUCGACAAGAGAUCCUCCACGGAGCUCCUCACCCUAAUUCGGCUGUUCCCUACCAGUCGUCCGAUCAAACCGGAGCUCCCAAGCGGGACGACUUCGUCGAAGAAUCUGCUCGCGCUGUAGCUUCCAGUUCUGCGCCGGGUUUGAUCGGGUGCGAUGAGAUAGAUGAGCGUGGACCUGGGAAGGAAGAUGAAUCAGUUGAGGCUGCUAAGGUUAUUGAACGUGGAGAUGCGGAAUCGGCUGGUAGGGCUUUACAGGAUGUGAACCGUGGUAAGGAAUCUGGCAUUGGAGAUGUGCGCGGCGAAGUUGCUGUGAAAGGAGACGAUUUGACGGAGAAGGAUGUAAAAUUUGACAUCGAGGAUGACGGUGAUGGAAUUGAAGAGGUGGGUUCCGAGCCAAUUAUUCCUGGAUUAUCAAGCGGUGCUGGCGGCUGUAUUGAUGGUGUGGUUGUUGCUGCCGGAAGGUUUAAUGAGAGCGGUGACAGAGGCGAGGGCGAUGAUUGGGAUAGUGACAGUGAGGAUGAUUUGCAGAUAGUGUUGAAUAAUCAUAUGGACAUGGAAAGAGGUGGAAUGGUGGGCGAAGAUGACGAAGAUGAAGAUAGCGAGCUGGUUAUCGUGGCAGAUGGCGACCCAAGUCAGGCAACUGAGGUGCAAGAGUGGGGCGAGAACUCAGCGCAACCCGCUGAUGGUGAGAGGAAGGAUAUGGGUGACUCUGCCAAAGCAAGUGGGGGCGUGACAGUGGUGCCAAAAGUCGGUUAUAGCAAUCAUGGGUAUCAUCCAUUUCAUUCGCAGUUUAAGUAUGUCAGGCCUGGUGCAGCGCCAAUACCUGGAGCAUCUACUGCCCCGGGAGUAUCUGCUGGUCAGAUCCGUCCACCUGCUAACAUGGUUCCUAUGGCUGGUCGUGGAAGAGGGGACUGGAGACCUCCUGGAAUAAAAGGUGCUGCUGCUUUGCAAAAAGGUUUUCAUGCAGGUCCUGGAUUACCUGUUUGGGGCAACAGUGCAGCAGGGCGGGGUUUUGGUGGUGGACUGGAAUUUACUCUUCCCUCGCACAAGACUAUAUUUGAUGUUGAUAUUGAUAGUUUUGAGGAAAAGCCUUGGAAAUAUCCUGGUGUUGACACAUCAGACUUUUUCAACUUUGGUUUGAUUGAGGAGACCUGGAAAGAAUACUGCAAGCAGCUGGAACAACUGCGCCUAGAGUCUACAAUGCAAAGCAAAAUCCGUGUAUAUGAAAGUGGCAGAAUGGAGCAGGAGUAUGACCCAGAUUUGCCCCCUGAAUUAGCAGCAGCAACUGGUAUGCGUGAUGUCAAUGUGGAAAAUACAAAUUCUGUAAAGUCAGAUGCUGGACAAAGUGAUGUUGGAAAAGGUUCUGGGCGUGUGAGGCCACCACUUCCAACUGGGAGAGCAAUACAGGUGGAAGGUGGUCUUGGUGAACGCCUUCCUUCCAUUGACACUCGACCUCCACGAAUCCGUGAUUCAGAUGCAAUCAUUGAGAUUGUUUUGCAGGAUUCUGCCGAUGAUGAUUCCUCUGCAGGGAUUGCUGUUCAAGAUCAAUAUGAGGGAGGAGAGCCCCAGAGAGAUGAUUUUGAAGAGGAGGAUGUUGUUGACGAGGUUCCAAAUGUGGAGCAUGAGUAUUUUGAUGGAUUUCCUCAAGAUUAUAGUAGUAGAAAGAGAGACCUGGCUGGAAAAAGAAUGACAUUCAAGAAGUCCCCACCGGCUGACGUGCUUGAAGGAGGUGAAACUUUGCCUUUCUCUCAGGAAGAAUCAGUCAACUGCACUAGUACUAGGGACCAAACUCCUAAACCCAGUGGCGGCAAUUCUGUCUCCUCUGAUGUGGAAAGGCAGAUACAAGGAAGGGCAAGUUCUUGUAUAACUCCUAGUCGAGAAAUUAAUGACAAUAAAAAAGAAGAUUCUGAUGAAAGCAUGGAAAGGAGAGAUAAUGCACACUUGUCAUCUCCUAUGGCUGAAAAUGCAAGGGAGUCUAGUGUUGGGGACAAGGAUGCUAAUCUUGAUGAGCCUGGGAUGGCUGGUGAAAGUUCCAAAAUAGAAAAGGAGGAAAUGGAUCUUAAUGCAGAGGACAAAAGAGAUACCCUUAAGAGCUGUGAUGGGAAGACAGAGAAAUUAACAUCUCAAGAUGAGGAACCUCUACUUGAUGAAGUUGAUGAUUGGGAGAACUCAAAAGCAGCAAGAAGUAGUGAUAACAGCAAAGCAAGUUCAGUAAGGAGCAGGGGCUAUCAGAAGCGGCUGGAUGGUUAUGAGGAGGAAGUAGUUCAGGAUGCACAGUCAGCACGUCUGGGUGCAAAUAGAAGGCCCUUUGAUGAAAAUGAGCACGACGAUCUCCAUAGAAGAGAGCAUGACGGAAGGCAAGAACCUGAAAGAGAUCGCCUACUGCCUAAAGGCAGAGAGGAACCAUACCCUUACAAAGAGUGGCAUCCUAGCUCAGCGCAUCAAUUGCACAUGAAGGCUGAUGGAUUUGGCAGGCAAAAAGAUAGGGACAGCUCUGACAUUGCCUGGGCCCGCAGAGAUGAUGAUCCCUAUGGCAGAAGGGGCAGAAAUGAUGAAACAAGAAAGAGGGAUAGGGUUAAGGUCCGAGAGAAUGAGAGGAGUGACAGAGAUGAUAGCCUCUAUUCACGAAAACAGUUGGAUAAUGGUAGUUAUAGGGUUCCCUACGAUAAGGAUAUAGGGUUAAGGGACUCAGGAUACUGGGAAAAAGAUGAUGGCUUGAAGAGUAGGUAUGAAGCUAUGGAAGAUUACCAUAACAAGAGGAGGAAGGAUGAGGAGUAUAUUAGGAGGGACCAUAUUGAUAAAGAAGAUAUGUUGCAUGGCUACAGGGAGAGUGGCAGUCGGCGUAGGAGAGAAAGAGAUGUAGUGUUGGAUCCACGGAAGAGAAAUGAUCUGCAAAGAAGUAGAGACAACUUAGAUGAUCAUUAUGCCUCUAGGCAGAAGGAUGAUGGAUUACUACUGAAGGAGAGGUCUGAUAGGCAGAGAGAUAAGGAGGAGUGGCACAGGGCAAAACAAUCUCAUGAAGAACAUCCAUCAAAGCGUGAAAGAGAAGAGGGAAGGAGUUCUGUAAGAAGUGGACGAGGUGCUGAAGAAAAAUCAUGGGCUGGCCAUGUUAGGGCUCAAGAUGAGCACAGAGCUUCUGUGAAAGAGUACCAAUCUAGAGAUGCAACGCGGCCUAGUGAACAAGUGAAGAGAAGGGAUCGAAUUCGGGAUGAAAGUCCUCAUCAUAAGGGUCGUGAGGAUUCUAAUACCCGUGGAAAUCACUAUAGCAGUGAGGAAAAGCGAUCUAGGCAGGAAAGGUCAAGUAGUCGUGGUGAUCGUGCUGCUACUGUUUCAGAUAACCAAAGAGUUAAUGAGAAAAGGCAUAAAGAGGGCACAAGGAGAAGCAAAGAAUCUGAUCUCAGUGAUCAUAAUAGUCUGUCCAAGAGAAAUCAGGAAGAUCAAAGUGGUCAGACCAACAGGAAGAGCUCAAGAGUCUCCAUUGAAGAAGGACGCAUUGAGCAAGAAGGGCAUCAUCCGUCCAGAAAACAUCGGGAAGACAUUUCAUCAGAUGAUGAACAACAUGAAUCUCGUAGAGGAAGAUCUAAAUUGGAACGCUGGACGAGUCAUAAGGAAAGGGAUUUCAGUGUGACUGGCAAGCCAUCAUCUUCCCUGAAGUUCAAAGACAUUGAUAAAGAUAACAAUGAUGCGUCUUCUGGAGUUGGGAAACCUGUGGAUGAAUCUGCCAAGACAGUUGAGACUGUCGAAAACCAGCACAACGCAUCAGCUGAAGGAAAGGAUUCCAUUGAUAUGGAAAGCAAAGAUGCUGAUCCUAAGGGAUCUGGGGAUCGGCACAUUGACACAGUUGAGAAGUUGAAGAAACGCAGUGAGCGGUUCAAGCUCCCAAUGCCAAGUGAGAAAGAGGCUCUGACUAUCAAAAGUUGGAGAGCGAACCAUUGCCUUCUGCUAAAAGUGAAAAUACUGUGGAUUCAGAAGUCAAACAAGAACGACCAGCACGAAAAAGAAGAUGGAUCAGUAACUAAAUGGGGAAAAAAACAGGAUCCCACCAUUGCUUUGGCAAAAAUCUACCGAGGCAUCGGCCUAGUUCUGGCAAACCUAGAACCCCAGCUAGCCAGCCAUGCAAUAUCUACGUUGAAGAUCAGAAGAUGGCAUCGUUAGGGUUUCAGAUGAUUUGUAAUUCUUCAGUUGUAAUGUCAUUUUUGUAACCAUGCUUCUUCCAACAUAUGCAUUAUACUAUAUGUAUAUACAGGUGAAAACGUAAAAUUGAAACUGGUCACUGUAAUAGGUGGCACAUUUUUCUGAUCUCGGCUGAGGAUUGUGUUGGGAAUUUGACUAGGGUCGGAUACAAAUACAUCCAGAAACCACUGACAUGGAUGAUGAGGCAUGAGCCUAAUACUGGUCACCUCUUGUGGCCCUGGCAGGUCCGAGUAUUGAAAAGAAAAAACAGGAAGCAUCCUGGUUGGCGGAGGACCGUUGUAAGAAGUCGAAGGCGCCUGUCUUUUGUUUUAGUCUUGUAGAUUAUAAACAAGCUCUGGUAACUGUUUUACUAUAUCACUUUAUUCUUCUUUC